AAGCAGGACACGAUCUUUGCCUACUCAGAUACGCGCUCAGACAGCAGGAGGCACAUAACACCAGGCACCAUGACGCUGGCAGCCUACAAAGAAAAAAUGAAGGAGCUCCCUUUAGUGUCUCUCUUCUGUUCCUGCUUCCUCUCAGAUCCCUUAAACAAACCGUCUUAUAAAUACGAAGUAGACACCGUAGACCUCACUUGGUGCGUCAUUUCUGACAUGGAGGUCAUCGAGCUCAACAAGCGCACCUCCGGCCAGUCCUUUGAGGUCAUCCUGAAGCCACCCUCCUUUGAAGGGAUCCCAGAAUUCAAUGCCUCUCUGCCCCGGCGGCGAGACCCCUCCCUGGAAGAGAUCCAGAAGAAGCUGGAAGCAGCUGAGGAGAGACGCAAGUACCAGGAAGCAGAGCUGCUGAAGCACCUGGCGGGCAAGCGAGAGCACGAGAGAGAGGUCAUUCAGAAAGCCAUCGAGGAGAACAACAACUUCAUCAAGACGGCCAAGGAGAGGCUGAUGCAGAAGAUGGAGUCCAACAAGGAGAACCGGGAGGCACAUCUAGCUGCUAUGUUGGAACGCUUGCAGGAGAAGGACAAGCACGCUGAGGAGGUCCGGAAGAACAAGGAGCUGAAGGAAGAAGCCUCGAGGUAAAGGCGCCCCACUCCCUGCCGGGGCGGGCACAUGACACUUUGGACUGACAGCUCCAAAAGAAGAA